ACGGACUUCCGGUGAGCAGUUGGAGCAUGCGCAGUAACCGCAGCGCUGAAAUUCAAAUUUUGAACUGACGUUGUUUUGCACAGAGAGAGCAGAGCAGAGCCAGAACAGAAGCAACGGCAGGGAGAGGACAGGACAGGACCGAGAGCCCCUUGUGUCUUGUUUGUAGGCACAUUAUUCCGUACUAGACUUGUAAUAUACGUACAUUCCGAAACAUCGUUGGAUCGGUGAUACGUUCUCCAAUAUGGAUCCGUUUACUGAGAAACUGUUGGAGCGGACUAGGGCUCGUCGUGAGAACCUGCAAAAGAAACUAGCAGAAAGACCAAACGCUGCAAACCGACAAAUGGUGAAACGACCCAGAGAGCCACUGACAGAGACCAACAGUUUAAUAUGUGAACCUCCUGUCGAUAAAGUUCCACAGGCUACUGCCAAGCCCUCCCCUUCCAAGCGCAAAUGUUCAGGUGAAAACCUGCAGCCCUCCAAAGUAGAUGAGGAGAACAAGGAGCCAAUGGUGCCACAGGCUUUGACCCCACUGCUCCAGGACCCUCCCACAGACAAGAAACCCCCCGUGGGCCCUGCCAGCAUUAGGAGUACUCCCUCUAUGGAGAGAGCAAGUCGGCCUAAUGUCCCAACCGAAGUGGAGCAGGUGAGGAGAGCUGAGAUCGAGCUGAACAGCAGGGAGGAGGAGAAGAUGGAGGUCGCAACUUCACUGCACCAGAGCAGGACUGAGGAGGAGGAAAAGAAUGUUCCAUCUGCAACAGGCAUGAGGUCGCGCCUACAGAUGCUGGCCGACCAGAGGAAGUUCUGGGAGGCUGGGGACCCAGAAGUGGUUCCAGACUGCGCCCCCCUCUCCAUGCUGAAGAGACAGCCAGACGUGCCUCCUAGCUCCACCCCCUCUUUGUCCUCGGGGGCUCCUGUAGGACGUAAAGGCAGACUGGCUAACCUGGCUGCUACCAUCUGCUCAUGGGAGGAUGACCUGAGCCACGCUAACAUCCCCAAACAAACUGCACCAGAGAAACCCUCCUCUGUCCAUAAAGCUCCAAGCAGAGAGGCUAACAGCAGUGUGACAUCUGCUGGUCCUUUGGUGACAACUGCUCAAGACAAAUCUAUGACAAAAACUAAUCAGUCCAUUAUAAACUCUCCAGUGAAAGCCAGCCGUGCGAUCCCCCCCAGUCCUCAAAAGGCCGAAGCCCCUCCUGUUACACCGUCAGCUCAGAGUCCUCAGAAGAUCUCUAGGCACGAGCUAUCCUCCUCCAGUCCACAGAAGGAUACCCCCAAACCUUGUCCCCAGAGCCCCCUGAAGAACCACCUCUCCGCCCAACCUCUGGGGGUGGCGCCCAGCCCACACAAACCAGAAAUCCGGGUCAAACCUGCUGACCUGAGCGCCAGUUAUCAGGAGAAGACCACUGGAACUCCUAGUGUGAAGUCUUUUCUGGAACGCUUUGGAGAAAAAUGCAACGAGCGUGCCAACCCGAGCACUCCAGCAGGGAGCAGAAGUCAGCCAAAGACUCCCACAAUGACCUCGGCAGUGACCCCAAACACCAGGCUGGUCCAGGAGAAACUCCGUGCUGCCCAGACCACCAAAACCACAUCUGCCGACCUCACCCAAAGACACAAGAUGGAGCGUGAGUCGGAGCUGGCUCUGAUCCGAAACCGUUUCCAGAAGGCCAACAACAUGUGGAAGAACAAGGACGAAGGACCGGACAAGACAAUCAGAGAGACGGUGAAACCAAAAAGCACAUCAGAGGAGAGCGAGGCACCUUCCUGUCACUCAGAUGAGCCAACAGGGCCUUCUGUUGACAAAAGUCAGAGCCCCACCAAAAGUAUUCGAUCAGGAUUUCUGGAUUCGCCUCCAGCUUCAACGUCUAGCCCUCUAAAAUCAGUCAGCCAAAUUGUUGUAGAACCUGUCAAUGAAUGCCUAGAAGAAGAGAAGAAACAGGAAGAGGAAGUGAAUGAAACAGAGAUGAACGUGGACGGAUCUGUGACCAGUGAGCAGAACGUGGAUGCCUCCAUCAACUCCGCCGUAAUCAACGAGCUGUUCCAAGGAGUCCUGGAGCAGAGCGAGGAGGAAGAGGAAGAAGACCCUCUGAACAUCUCCUCCAUGUCUCUGCUUGCUCCGCUGGUUGAGACUGUGGCGGCCGUGGCAAAGAGUCCGGAUGGGAUGAUGACUUCAACCCCAGCCAGCUCAUUCAUUGUGAAGAGCCCUCUGGAGAAAACGCCAAAGACCAAACUGAGGCGGUCUCUUUCUUCAGACAGCAUCCACGUCCUGAGCCCAGAGCAUCGGCUGCCGUACAGCAUUGAUGCAUACAGAUCCACCAGAGUGAAGGAUCCAGAAAGGCCAAGCAUAAAGCAAGUGAUCGUGAGGAAAGAGGAUGUGUCUCAGAGAGCAGAGGAACCACGAGGCUCCAACCUGUUCAGUGUUAAGCAGCGGAUGAAGGUUUUGACCAAUGAGAUGAACCUGCAGCAGACAGUGAUCCACCAGGCGAGCCAGGCUCUGAACUGCUGCACCGAUGAAGAACACGGCAAAGGCUCACAGGUGGAGGCCGAGGCUGAGAGGCUGCUGCUGGUGGCAACUGAAAAGCGUGAGGUUCUGAAAGCCGAGCUGGACCGCUUGAAAGGAGACCCCUCUGGACAGAAGAAGGCCCCUGCUCCCCCUGACUCCACCGGGGUGUCUGCCACUCGGGGCUCCAUCACUCUACAUGAGCUCAGGCUGCCGCUCAAGGCUGAUUUUGUCUGCUCCACAGCCAACAAGCCUGAAGCGGCCAGUAAGCACUCGUUCUUUGUAAUGAUCCGGGCUGGGGCAGAGAACACAGUAGCUACUCCUUUAGCCAGCACACACAGAGGACUGAGUGGAGACACACUUACCUUCCCCACCAAAUUCACCAUGGCUGAUGUCUCCAGUGACUUUCAAAUUAUGAUCGAGGUGUACUGCUUGGUCCAGAAGCGAGAGAUGUGCGCUGACAAGAAGAAAAAAAUCAGCAAGUCAAAGAUAAUAUGGCAGCAAGUGCACGAGGCCCAUGAUCUGUGUAUGUCGGCAAUCACUCCAAAGAGAUUCCUUGCCAUUACGAAAAGUGGGCAGACACCAGUUGUUGCCAGUCCUGGUGGUCCAAAUGCAGUCCGAACCAGUAACUUUAUCUUGGUGGGGUCUCACAAACUCACCCUCUCCUCCAUCGGGAAGAACAAGUUUCCCCUAGAGAAGAUCAAAUGUGAAGGAAGUGAGAGAGAGCUUCUCGGUGACUCUUUUCUUAAACAGGUGCCCUUCCUAUGCCCCCUGGAGGGUCACAUCUACAUGAAGCUGCAGUGUGAGGUGGGCUCCAAUGUGGAAGAGAAGGGCUUCCUGACCAUGUUUGAGGAUGUGAGUGGGUUCGGAGCGUGGCACAGAAGGUGGUGUGUCCUCUCGGGAUACUGCAUCUCCUAUUGGACCUAUCCCGAUGAUGAAAGGAGAAAGGCUCCCAUUGGCCGCAUCAACCUGGCCAACUGCACAAGCAAGAAGGUGGAGCCAGCCAACCGCGAGUUCUGUGCCCGUCCCAACACAUUUGAGCUGAUCACAGUGAGGCCGCAGAGGGAGGACGAUCGCGAGACACUGGUCAGCCAGUGCAUGAACACCAUGUGUGUCACCAAAAACUGGCUUAGCGCGGACACCAAGGACGAGAGGAAUUUGUGGAUGAAGAAACUGAACCAGAUUUUGAUGGAUUUAAGAAUGUGGCAACCAGACUCCUGCUGCAAACCAUUAUAAAGACCCCAGCCCUGCUUUGGACUGUCAAUACCAACACAUGCAAUUACUAAGUGCAAUAUCACAUGACAAUUGUUGAAUAUUUUAACUUGGGAUUAUUAUUUUACGAACUGAUUAACCACAAAUAUAUUUUACAGAAAUGGGAUGAGUAAAUAAAGCCAUACAUUGAAACAUUUCAGUAUUUUGUGAAAGUCUGAGGGAAGAUUUUCAGCAAAUAAUGAUCACAAUUGUCGGUGUGCUAACAAUUUUAUAUGGAUGCAGACGAGUGUGCAUGGCUUUGACUAUUAUGAGACCUGAUAUUUGUGUGUAAAUGGGUUUUGAAUUUACUAAAUAAUUUUAAUAUGAUUCACAACUGCUGUAUAUUUUAUCCUGCAUGACAGCAUGGCUCGCAGCACAGGUUUUUAUCUUAUUCUAAAAAUGUUUACUGAUUGCGGCAGGACUUUUGAUACAAUAUAUUCUUCCGGUUGGAAUUUCCUAUAUCUGUUAUUUUUUAAUGUUUACUUCUCAUUGGGCAGGUCUGUUGCAUGCUAUUCAGUAAUAUUUUGUCACUAAAUGCAAAUUGAUGUAUACACUGUUGCUAUACAUGGGGACAGAGAUUUCUAUAUUUUUUUGUUUUGGACACAAACUGCAGUGGGAACUAUUCACAACAUUUGCAACAGACUAGGACCUGUCUUUUGGCUCUAAUUUUAAGUGUUCUUUUACUUGUGGAGAUAAAAGAUGGCUGACUUAAUACUUGUUGAUGAACACGAGUGCCUAAUGUCUAUUCACAAGUUGUAUACAUUUCAGCUUGCCAGGUAUUGUAUAACACUGAGCAAUAAUAAAUACCUGCUUUGGAAUGCAA